AUGGAAUCUGGCACAACCACAACCACAAUAACGACCGUCGAUCAUGAUCAUGAUCACAAUCACGGCGAUGGCACUGCAAUCUCAGACGUCCACCAGGACGUCAUCAAGACCCACAUCCUCACUAGGCUCGACGGCGCCACCCUCGCCUCUACCUCCUGCGCCUCCUCUCACUUGCACGCUCUCUCCACCGAAGAACAGCUCUGGCGGGAAAUCUGCUCCUCCACGUGGCCUUCCAUCGACGACCCAUGUGUCCGCCUAGUCAUCUCCUCGUUCCCUGGUGGGUACUGUUCUUUUUUCUCUGACUCAUUCCUACUCCUCCACCACCGCUCUCCGCCGAAGCAUCAUCAUCAUAACCGUCCGUUUCUGGCCGAGAUAAUCUCCGCCGUUGAUUUUCACUACAAGGAGAGUCUCAUUUUCUCGAAGGUCCAAGAGAAUGAGACCAAGUCUGAUUGGUUUCACCGAUUAGAGAGAGAGUUCUAA